AGGCGUCUCUCCUGCUCGCAGCAGCAGCAGCAGCAGCAGCAACCUAGCCGUAGGAGCUCUCUUCCUCUCCCUCUCGCCUUGUGAUCCUCGCUUCUCGCGGGCAGCUCACCUUCCUCCUCCCGCCACUUCUCCCAAGAGCCAGCCAUGCACAUCGCGGCUCCUCUGCUCGCCUGGAUGCUCUGGACCGUCGGAAUGCCCUCGAAAGCUCGCUGCGGCCGCGCAGGAGACACCUUGUUGACUGAGAUGGAGAGGAAGGCUGCGGAUCGCUUCAGGGAAAUGCAGAAGAGCGUCCCUUUUCGGCUCCUCUAUAGUGCCAGUGAAGGCAACGAAACUCCGCACGACCUGCUCGACACUCGCAUCGGCCGCGGCUCUGUUGGGAAGCAGUUAACUCAUAUUGCUCGAGCCAGCUUCCAGGUUGAUGCUUUUGGAUCUUCUUUCAUCCUGGAUAUAGAAUUAAAUCAUGAUCUACUGUCUUCAGAAUAUCUUGAGAGGCAUAUUGACCGCAAUGGGAAGACGGUGGAAGUUAAAGGAGGAGAACAUUGUUAUUAUCAAGGUCACAUCAGAGGGAAUCCAGAUUCAUUUGUUGCUCUGUCCACCUGCCAUGGACUUCAUGGAAUGUUCUAUGAUGGGAAUCACACAUAUCUUAUUGAGCCAGAAGAAAAUUGUACAUCUCAAGAGGAAUUCCAUUUACACUCUGUAUACAAAUCCAGAUUAUUUGAAUUUCCUUUGGAUUAUCUUCCAUCUGAAUUCUGGCACAUGAAUACUACAUCACAGAAAUUUGGUGUGAAAUCAAGAUAUAAAAGAAGAAAAAGGCAGGUCCAACUGAAUCUACCUAGAGUUGAAGAUGAAACAAAAUAUGUCGAGCUAAUGAUUGUAAACGAUCAUCUAAUGCUGAAAAAACAUCGAUUAUCAGUUGGUCACACAAACAGCUUUGCAAAAUCAGUAGUGAAUAUGGCAGAUUUAAUUUAUAAAGAACAACUGAACACCAGAAUAGUCUUGGUUGCCAUGGAAACCUGGGGUACUGAUAACAAGUUCACCAUAUCUGAAAAUCCACUGGUAACUCUACGUGAAUUUAUGAAAUAUAGGAGAGAUUUUAUCAAAGAGAAAAGUGAUGCAGUUCAUCUUUUUUCGGGAAGCCAGUUUCUCAGUAGCCGUAGCGGGGCAGCCUUUAUUGGUGGCAUUUGUUCACUGCUGAAAGGUGGUGGUGUAAAUGAAUUUGGAAAGCCAGAUUUAAUGGCUGUUACAUUGGCACAGUCAUUGGCACACAAUCUUGGGAUCUUCUCAGACAAAAGAAGGUUGCAAAGUGGUGAAUGUAAAUGUGAGGAUACAUGGUCCGGAUGUAUAAUGGGAGACACAGGUUAUUAUCUUCCAACUAAAUUCUCCAAAUGUGAUAUUGAGGAAUACCAUGAAUUUUUAAAUAAUGGUGGUGGAGCCUGCCUUUACAACAAGCCUUCAAAGCUCCUGGAUCCCCCAGAAUGUGGUAAUGGUUUUGUUGAAACUGGGGAAGAAUGUGAUUGUGGCGCUCAAUCGGAAUGUCAUGCUGAAGGUGAAGAUUGCUGCAGUUCCUGCACUCUAACUGCUAACUCUCAAUGCAGUAAUGGACUUUGUUGUAGAAAAUGUCAGUUUGAACUUAAAGGUGUGGUGUGCAGAGAAGCUGUAAAUGAUUGUGACAUUCCAGAGACAUGCAAAGGGGACUCUAGUCAGUGCUCUCCAAAUCUCUACAAAAUAGAUGGGUAUUCAUGUGAUAAUGAACAGGGAAUUUGUUUUGGAGGACGAUGCAAAACAAGAGACAGACAGUGUAAAUACAUAUGGGGAGAUAAAGUGACAUCAGCUGAUAAAUAUUGCUAUGAAAGAUUAAAUAUAGAAGGAACAGAGAAAGGUAGCUGUGGCAGAGACAAAGAUACUUGGAUUCAGUGCAAGAAUGAAGAUGUUCUUUGUGGAUAUCUACUGUGUUCUAACAUUGCCUCUAAUAUUCCAAGACUUGGGGAGCUUGAUGGCGAAAUCACAUCUAUUUCUCUCCAAAAUUUGGGAAAAACUUUUAAUUGCAGUGGUGGUCAUGUGAAGUUGGAGGAAGAUGCAGACCUGGGUUAUGUAGAAGAUGGGACACCCUGUGGUUCUAGUAGAAUAUGCUGGGAUCACAGAUGUCUCUCAAUGGAUACUUUUAACUUCAGUUCCUGUCCCGGAAGUACAGAUGGCUUUAUUUGCUCAGGACACGGAGUUUGCAGUAAUGAAAUGCAGUGUGUCUGUGAGCAGUUAUGGACAGGUGUAGAUUGCAGCAAGCUGGGUUUCCCCAAUAGUAAUGCAUUAAAUUCUUGUUUUUGUUUUAAUCUAGGUGUCACUAGCACAAAUAUUAUUAUUGGUGCUAUUGCUGGUACAAUUUUAGUAUUGGCUCUUAUUAUGGGAAUAACAGCAUGGGGUUACAGAAACUAUCGAAGACAGAGACAAAUUCCUCAGGGAGAUUAUGUUAAAAAGCCUGGUGAGGCCGACUCCUUUUAUAGCGACAUGCCACCUGGAGUCAGCACAAACUCUGCAUCUAGUUCUAAGAAGAGGUCUGCUUUUCUGUCGCAUUUUCAGAUUUCUACCUGUUCCAUCACACAUUAUUCCAUUAGUCAGAACCUUUCAUUGUUUUGCAGCAGGUCAAACGGCUUAUCUCAUUCAUGGAGUGAAAGAAUCCAAGAUGCAAAGAAUCUUUCAGACAUCUGUCAAAAUGGGAGACCAAGGAGUAAUUCAUGGCAAGGUAAUAUAGGAGGCAACAGAAAGAAAGUCAAAGGCAAAAGAUUUAGGCCACGGUCUAAUUCAACUGAGUAUUUAAACCCAUGGUUCAAAAGAGAAUAUAAUGUAGCUAAGUGGGUAGAAGAUGUGAAUAAAAACACUGAAGGACCCUACUUUAGGACUCUUUCCCCUGCAAAGUCCCCAUCAUCAUCUACUGGCUCCAUUGCUUCCAGCAGAAAGUAUCCAUAUCCCAUGCCUCCACUGCCUGAUGAGGAGAAGAAGGCCCACAGAGCUAGUGCCAGGCUAUGGGAGACAUCCAUUUAAGUAUUUAGCUUUCACCUGAGCUGUCACCAGAACUAUUUACUUCAAAUUUUAUAUAAAUUCAGCAUCACUGAAUCACUGAACAUUCAUCUGCUCAGCAGACAACUUGAUGGAGCAAAGAUACAGAUACUCACAGGAUAAGCAAGUUCUCCCGUUGAAGGAAGACACUGAUUUUCUACAGCUGAUUCAAGUUUUGUGAAUUACAAAUAAAGAUAUUAACCUGGUAUAGACAGAACUGAACAUGCUAAGAUACUGUGCAUGAUGUCAGAUAUUAUAUAGACAUUCAGAUACUGCUUUUGAAAUCCCAAUAGUGUUUUUUCCUGGUCUAACAUGUCCCCAAAUAUCUAAAAGAGAGUGAUUCAGAAUUUGGUACAUAAUCAUUUAUGCUGUGUGCAUGAACCUCUGUUUGCCACUAUCCAUGUGUAAGGGGUUACUCAUUUUACUGUAGUAGAGUUAGCAUGCAGGAAUAAGAUGUUUUUUCCACAGCUGGGUUCUAAAGAGACAAAAUAUUUUGACAACAGCUUCAACAAGAAAACUGUUUUUUUUAAUCUGUUACAAUUACAUUCUCAGUAAAAAAAAAGAUAUUUGUAGACAGUUGUGAAAUAUGAGCACUGUAGUUAGGUUUUUGCCUGAAGAGCGUGCUAUAAAACUUAAGAGUCAAGUUAGAUAUUUCAUGGCAGGUUCAUGAAUAUAGCUUAGCUGCAUGCAAAGGUCUCAGGUUCAAUUUCAUCUACCAAUAGAAACAAAAUAAUUUGUUGAAAAACCAGGAAAGCACUAAUAGCCUCUGUUUGAUAAUAGUAAGAUAGAUGGACCAAUAGCCUAGUUGGAUAUAAGGUAUGUAUGAUAUCUGGCAUUAAAGAAACAGCACUGCAGGAGGAAAAGUUGGCAAUUAUAGUGCUUUGUUUUUAACCCCUCCCCCAAAAAACUGAUUUCCUAUAAAAAUUACCAAGGCCUUUUAUCUCAUUCAUCAAAAUGCCAUUCAGAAUUAAACUUUGCAUCAUGUUCUAAAAAGAACUGGAACAAAGGAUCUAGCAUGUGUCUAAAAUUUUGAGAACACAUUUUCCCCCCUCUUCCCAUUAAAAUCAAUUGAAUAAAUCUGGAUCCAAAUGGAACCCAUUUUUAUCUGUUUGGAGCAUCAGCCAUUAAUGUGAAGUUGGUCAAAACGUUGUAUCUACUGUUACAUAUUAAAUACCUACUUUUUCAAAUCUACUCAUCUUAACCACCCAGAUCAGUUUCACUUUUUAACCAAGUAAUGAUAUAAUACUGUGUAAGCUUGUACAUGUUUUGGCCAAAUAAGAAAUGUUCAAAUGCUUGACUGAAUGACCAGGGACCUUUCAUCUGUGUGCAGUUGUAUAAUGAUAUGCUUUUCUGCUGGAGUGACUGGAUAAGGGAGACUAGUGCACAAUAGGAGUCAUCAGAAUGCAACAUUUUUGUGAAGCUUCUAGGAACCAAGCAUUGUGGGAAGUUGUCAGUUUUUCAUAGAAGAGUUAUCAUGCCUGUGGGAGUUUCAGAUGAUAUGAGGCAUACAAUACAAAAAGAGAAAAAUAGUCAAAGGUGAAAAAGAUUGAAUAUCCAAAAUUUCAAUGCUUUCUUGCUAAUUUCAUAUCCAAAUUAUGAUGAGUUAAAAUAAUUACCACUGUCUGUAUGUCUUUGGUAUAGAGUUCUUUUCACCAGCUGCUCAUAAGAUUUAGAUAUGAAACUUUGGGAUAGUAGAAUUAAUAACAUAUGUAUGUCGGAUCUGAACAUUAUUUAGCACUGUGUAUUCUGCUUUAAUAUUCUCUAAUGGAAGAGAUUUGGGGAAAAUAAUUGCCUUAUCAUGCCAUAACAGAAGGACAAUAUUGGCAAUAUUGCAUGGAUAGGAUCUAAGGGGUCUGCCUAAUGGUUCUUGCAAAAUCUUAACAUUAAAAGCAUUCUUAGGCAUAUAGUAUCAUUUAAUAUUUGACAGUAUUUGGAUAGGAAUGUCAUUUGUUUUUCUGAAUCUUCUACCUCUUUCGCAUAAUUCCUUCUGUAUGUGAAGUGCCAUAUAUGGCCUUCUGCUGUGUAACUGGACUUACUGUAGGAAAUUACACUUUUUUGAGAAUGUCAGUUCUACAAGGAAAAAAGGUUCUAUUCUAAAGUUUUCAACUGUAAAUUAUGUAAAACUUUAAAGGCAUUAUAUUUAUACGACUUUGCCAGUUAUAUUUAUACAAAACUGGCUUUGCAGUCAUAACGGUCUCUAGAAAGUGGCAUAAGGUUUUGGUAAGUAUUUUGAUUUGUACUAAAUGGGAACAAAAAACGCAUAAAAGAAAUUCACCCAUAAGAGAAUGUCUAAAAGAUUAUAAAAGAAUAUAUAUAAAUGUUUAAUUUUGCAAAUAUAUAGCGUGAGGCAGAAACAUGAAGGAUGACUGCUGAAAUGAGGACUGGUGGUUUAAUUACCAUUAUAAGUCUUUUUCUUUUGUUUCAUUGACUUUGAAUCAACGCUCUGCGCUACCCUUCCAAUCAAAGUCAAAAAGCUCUCGUCACAAAUUAAAGGAAAGCUAUAGUAGAGAUCAUCUUCCCCAUCACUUUUAAUUCUUGCUAAUUUUUAGAAGCUUAACAUGUGCCUUUUUGGAUCUUUGGCUUGAUGUUAGUCCAUGUGUUGUUAGAAAAUGACAUUGUUGCUGUCUUCCAUUUAAAUUACUAAGACAAAGGAAAUGGGUUUUUUCCCUUCCCUUUUCCUUUAUGGACAGAACUGAAUGUAAUGUGAGAACUGAGGUGAUUGUAGAUUGUUCACCGAGAAAAUAAUCAUCCUCUGUAGUUAAUUUUUAGACAUUGUCAUUGACCAUUAUUUGAUCAUGGCUAACAUUUGUUAAUACCCUGACACUUAAUAAUUUUAAUGUAAAAUGAAAUAUAAUUUUAAUAAACUGGCGUUUAUUUUUAUGGUCUAGUGCAGGAUUUCUCUGCUUACAAGCUUGAAUUGUCUUGGUAUGUAAAAAAAGUGAUGGAUGCCAAUCAGCAAAAGUGUGAGUAAAUCCAAGACAAUGAAAGUUGGCAAAUGGAUUUUGAGUUCCAAGCUACUGUCCAGAUAAAAUGCUAGGAGGGAUGUUUCUUCCAAUUACUUCUGUUACUGAUGUAUUUCAAGUUUUUUGUUUAUGAUAAGAGCAUAGCUACUUUCAAUAUUUUCAUUUGUUGUCUUUCAAUUGAUAUAAAAGGGCAAUAAUUGUUGGUUCCUCAGAAUGGGUUGUAUCCAAGGUAUAAUGCCAAGAGAGAAAACUGGACAGUAGUUGAUCUGUUAAUGAUGGCAUGAUGUACCACAAGUGCAUCUGAAAUAACUGCCAUAAACAUCAUUUAACAACAAAAUUAUAACAAAUGCUGGAUUUUAUACAAGCAGUAGAGGCUUUAUACUCUCAUAUCACUGGAUACAACCCACUGUUCUUUCUUUGUAGAGAAAAUUCUAGGUCAUGAAAAUUUAAUGCCUUUUCCUUUUUUUUAAUAGUUAAUAUCUUGGUAUAACGUGGUUGACAUAAGUAUUCUAGCACUCUUCAGCUUUGUUUCAGCUUUGUAUAAGCAAGGACAUAUGUAGAUAAAAUAAGAACAUUGUCUCAAUAAUAGCUUCCAAACUAUAGUUUUGUGUUUGCAAUACUAUCACAACAAUACAGAAUGGUUUUAAUCAAAGGAAAAGCAACAGAACAGAUUAUCUGGAAAUAAGUAUGAAUUAAGGAGAUAUCUGGAUAUAUCUGUUUUAAAGGAUAUUUUGGCACAUUUUACUUGAACAAUCAAAACGGUCAUAAGUAAUUUCAACUUCCAUAAUUCCUAGUGAGUAUAAGCAUAGCAAUGCUGAAGUUAGCAUAAUUUGUAAGCGGUCAUAAAGAAGUAAUUUCAUCUUCCAUAAUUCCUAAUAUAAGCAUAGCAGUUUUGAAGUUAGCAUAAUUUGUAAGGGUCAAUUGAAACUAAUACUCAAUAAUGACCAUUAAUACCUGGGAAAUCAGUCCAUUACAACUAGACCUCAAAAUAAAUCAGUCUUAAGUAAAAAAAAAAAUGCCAAGGAUAGAAAAACUUUCAGAGCUUUACAAUUGGAUUUCUGUCCUCAUAACUUUGCUUAAAAAGAAAAACAGGUUCACUUUUACAUUUUAUCUGAAAUAUUGUCUUAGUUGCAAAGUGAAUUUUGGAUAUGUGUUUAUAAUAGCUACUAAUUAUUUUUGUGCUACUUAGAAGGCAUCAGCAAUUCCAUAUGUGUAAAACCUGAUUUAAAAUGACUUUUUAAAUCUGAUAGUAUUUACAGUAAUUCAGUAAUUUUUGGGAGUCCCUCACCAGGUUUACUGAGUGUAUCAAUCUUAAUGUUAUAAAUCAAUUGGUUCUAAUCUUCAGUUCUAAUGAAACAUAGCUUUUGUAAAACUUAAUUUGAAAUUCAAAAAGAAAUCUAACAUAGCUAUUUGAAAGUAAAACAAAAAAUUAAUAUGGACUAGAAGACCUCCAAGGUUCCUUCCGGCCCUUUGAUUCUAAUAAUGUUAAGUGGGAAACAUUACAAAAUCAAGACAAACAGGCUAGUAUGGGACCAUCUUCCCUACAUCAUUUUGACAAUCAGGCAAGAUGAAGAUGGCACAGUGGGAAUUUAAUGAAUAGAUUUGUAAAUCGUAUUUAAAUUACAAGUAUGAAACUCAAAAUAAAAUAUCCCUCUGGUCUUUAUAAAUUAGAAAAAUGGCCAUAGAAGUAUUUUUUUAAAGCCUUAGAGGCCUUAUGACCUUACAUAUUCAAAUUUUUGAAGAUAUAUUUUUUACAAACUAUUUAGAAACACUUGUAAAUAUGCUUUACUGCCCUUUGGAUGCUUAGUGGUGCUAAGUAAUAACUGUAAAACAUCACAGUUGUAAUUCUGCAAAUCCUAAGGUAUCACAUAUCUUACUAUGAUACAAUAAUGCUGACUUGCCUAAAUAUUGAGAAUAUAUAUGUGCUAGGGCAUAUGGUCUGGUGCUUAUUAAUCUAUCUUUAAGCAAAAAUGUACCACUGAGUUAUCUGGAUACUGGUCACUAUUCUAACAUUCUAUGGAAGUGUGCUGGCAAUUUAUUUUAAUUUUUAACUAUUAAUUGUUGUGGUUUUUUAAAAAUAUAAUUACUACCAUAUUGUAAAUCUGUCACUAAAGCAUUGUUAAAAUAAAUAUUUCAACAUAGUUGGUGAAAAAUAUAGAAACUGGAUUCUUGAUGUAGUGUUUUUGUGUUGGUUAUAUAGUUCAAAUAAUUAAAAUUAUCCCAUGUGUAAAAAGCUGUAUUUACCACUGGAUAUUGUUUCUAUAAUAGCAACUAAUCAUGUGUUUCUUGAAACAUUAAAUUUUGUCAAUUCUAAUGCAAAACUCUCCCCUUUCUAUCACUGCAGUGCUGAAUAAUUUUGUUGUUGUAUCAAAAUUCAUAAAGCCAGCUUUCCUGUAAUGAGACAAAAUAAUCUUUUUAAUAAAGUUAUAACCUGGGGAUAUGAUAUCUUGCAUAUUUGAAUCACCGUAGAGUUGCUUACUAUGGAAAUAUUUAAUACAAAAUAAUAAAUUGUUAGUAAUGUACCAUGUCAAUAAGAGUGAGCUUCAAAUCAUGGCAACUGUACUUUAAAAUGUUUAAUAAUUAUGGUGUUGAUCAAACACUAUUACUUUUAAGGUUUGUUGGCUGAUAAAACCUUGUCAAUUCUCUAGUAUCCAGAGUGGAUUCAUUACUACUAAAAAAGGGUCACAAUAGAGAUCUUUAAAAAAAUCCAGGUGUGCUUUGCAAGGUACAAGUGAGGGAAGGAAGAGGACCAUUACUGAAAUUAUGGAUAUAUCAACUUAGAUACUUUUCAGAAAUAAGUAAAUAUGUAUUUUAAUUUGUAUUGUAAAGCUGAAAAAAGUGUGCUAAUUGGCCUGGAAGAAUUAAACUAUAAACACAAAUUUUAGUACUGAGCAUUUUAAUUUACAAAAUGUAGAAAAGGAAUAUUAUAAUUUCCAAACAAUAAAGCUAAGAAUUUAGAUGGGUGAUCAUUUGUAGGCUAGUGAUUAUCUUAAAGGUAAUGGCAAAUCCCUUCUGCAUUGUUCCUAAAAAACUAAAAGGAUUUUGAAGUAUACUCUCUUGGUGCACAGCAUUCUGGCACAGCCUAAAGGUAAACUCAUCAGUUUGCCUUUUGGCAAAUGUAUGUUCUAUGACUUGCUAUGCCUUCUAUGGCAGUGUUAACUAACAACCAACUCCAAAAUAUUAAAAAUUCGUAUUAAAAACUAUGGCUAAUUACUAUUGCUGCCAUUGCUACUAAUACAGAUAUAUAAUGCAGUAUGGUUUUUUUCAGUUCAAAUGCUAAUACUCAACACCUAAUUGAAACCACUCCAAGAAACACCAUAAAUUGCUAUAAAUUUAUGACUACUAGUGAAACUAUAUCUAGAGUGUUACAGCAAGUUAUAUGCAGGUUUCAAUGACUAAUUCUUGUUUUAUAUCAUAUAUAAAUCUCUAAAGCAUGUAUCAUUCCAAUUUGACAUACAGCCUAGGCAUAGCCCAUGGGUGUCAAACUGGAUUUCAUUGAGGGCUGCAUCAGGAUUGUUUGACUUUGGGGUGUGGAGGAAUGGCCAGGGUGGGCAUGGGGAACUCGACAUCACAUCUAUCGGGGACACCUGUAGUGACCCGAGCGCUCUACAGCGUGGCCCUCCUGAGUUCUGUUUUCACCCAGCAAAGGGUCGUAGGAGGCCAUCGCAGCCAGCCCUCUCAAGCUC